AUGGAUUGGCAAGAAGGUUCAGGGGAUAGGCAAGAAGGUCCAGGGGAUAGUGAAGACGACACUGGACGUCGUGCAGGAGUUUUGGACUAUUUGGAUGGCAUCAAUUUAACUGCAAACACAUCGAACACUACACCUACUAUACCUAGUGCUUUAGGGAGUCAAGGGAAGAGGAAGAGAGGUGAAGGGUUGGACAAGUACAAGAAGCAAAAAAUGCCGGCGACAAGACGAAUAGAAGAUUCAGUGAGUUCGAUUGAGAAGGCUUCAAUUAGUACAGCAGAGGCAAUAAACAAAAUCUCCAACAGUGAUAACACUACUGAGCUUACCACUGAUCUACUGAGUAUGCCUGAAAUUGUCAGUGACACUCAUCUAUGUGUCAUCUAUUGUAAUCUGCUGGCAAACAAGACAUUCAGGGGCAUAUAUGCUGGUUUGAGAGAAAAUCGGGAGGUAUUAGUAGCUUGGUUGAAGCACAAUGCUGCAAACCCACUGCCAUAUGCUACACCCAAGAAUCCUUGA